ACUCUACAUCACCAACAUUAUGGGGGUCGGCAGGCCAACUAUGGGUAUCACCAGCCCCGUUAAGGUGACAGCCAACAUCUUUGUGUCCUUCAUUGGUGCUGGGAUGUUGGGGCUGCCAUAUGCCUAUAGAGAGGCUGGCAUUAUGGAAGGAGCAUUGAUCAUGGCAUUGGUUGGCUAUCUCAGUGUGUCAGCCAUGCUCAUGCUUAUCGACUGUAAGUAUGCUAUCCUCACCUCAGGUGGUAGGGCAGGUGGCCGAUCUAUUGUCAUGGACACAAAGGUACCACUCAUUCCACCAGACUCAUCAGACGACGAGGACGAUGAUGAGCGACAUCCUCCCACUCCCUCAACAGAUCUGACUUAUGGGGAUGUGGGACUGUAUGCUCUGGGGCCAGGUGGCAAGAGGCUCGUAGACAUUGCAAUUGUUGUCUCUCAGAUUGGGUUCUGCUGUGGGUACCUGAUAUAUUUAUGUAAGAACCUCAACAUAUACAUACCAAGAUUCAGUCAACGAUUAUGGCUGAUGCUACUGUUACCUCCUCUUUACUGCCUCACGUUACUGAGGCACCUCAACAAACUGGCCAUAUUCAGCCUAUUUGCACAGGUUUCCAAUGUGCUCGCUCUAACAGUGGUCUUCUGGUUUGACUUCUCUCACUCAGAGGAGGUGCCUUUUACUCCAAAGGAGUUUUCCAUAAAGGGGUUUCCUUUCUUCUUUGCUGUAGCUAUCUAUUGCUAUGAGGGUGCAGGAAUGAUCCUCUCACUUGAAGAGUCAAUGGCAGAGCACAAGCGUGAUAAGUUUCGCUCCAUCUUUGUUUGUACGAUGUCGGGACUAACAAUGCUCUAUAUCUGCUUUGGAGUGUCUGGCUAUGCAUCAUUUGGCCCGCAUACCAAAGACAUCAUCACACUGAAUCUUCCUCAUGGAACUGGAGUAGUGAACUUUGCAGCCAUGGUCAAGAUCUGCCUUGGGGUCUCCCUCUUCUUCACAUAUCCAAUGAUGAUGUUCCCGGUUACUCACCUGAUGGACAAAACUCUGGGAAUUGUCAACAUUUCAUACAGAGGAAAUAUAUUGCGGUUAAUACUUGUUGUACUGACUGGAUUGGUGGUGAGUGCAGUACCCAACUUUGCUAUUCUGAUGAGCUUGGUUGGUGCAACAUGUUGCACUCUCCUGGCCUUCAUUCUUCCAGCUGCCUUCCAUCUCUCAAUAUUCAAACAGCGACUCUCCAGGCGACAGAGGUAUUUCGACAUUUUGUUGAUAACGCUGGGUGCUAUUGGAUCCGUCGUUGGUCUGUGCGAUGCUUUCAACCGCAUGAAUCAAGGACACGACUCAUUGAUUGACGUCAAUGAGUUUUCAUCGUAAUUUCAAGAUGAGGUUUAAGGAAGCUUAGAUACUUCAAACUACUGCUCUUCUUCAAGCUCUGUGAGGAAAAGAAUGUCACCCAUUUCAUUACAGUCUUGCAUAUCCUGUGCCAUCACUAAAACAAGACAGCUUAUUCAGAACAUCAUCCAUUAACUUUGAUCAAGAUAAAUUCUGUGAAUCUGUCCAUCAAGAUGUUCCUCUUAAUCACAAUAUUUCCUCAUCCUGUUGUGCAAGUAACCCUCACUGCCUGGUACUUCAACAAACACUCCACCAGCUGUAUCUCAUAAACAUUUCCUCUCCUCCAUGCUCUACUUGUCUACUUGCUGUACACCCUCAUUAUUAACCCCUACGCCCCAGGCUAGGGUGCCCUUGGCCGUAUCAUCCACGCGGGGUAAAUCGAGAAAAUAACUUUUCCUAAAAUAAUAUUGAACCUUUUUAAAUGAUAAAACAAUAAACAAAUAAUUAAGAAAAACUCGAUAUUGACCCUCUAGAAACUUCCCUGGGGCCUCAGUGGCGAGGGAGAUAAGGGGACAGUGUUCUUUUGACGGCUAGCACCCGUGAUCACUACGCACUUAACGGCCAUUUUUUGCUUGUCUUUGUGUCUGGGAUGGCCAGUAAUGCUUAUAUUUACUGAUCAUAAUACAGUACUUAUUUCUUAAAGAUAAUAAAUUUUGAAUAUUUUAGUUGUUUUUUUUAUAAAAAGUGCUCGGUAACACACACGCAGUCUGUCGCCAGGUUGUAUUUGUGUUUGGUAGAGCAAGUAAUGCAUAUAAAGGAUUAUCGGAAUAAUAAUUCUACAAAUAAAUACAUUUAUAACAUAAUCAUAGAAUUGUUUUCCAGUAAUACUACACUACUUUUAGCAAUAGUACUUUGAUACAACAUAAUAAAAUGGACAAACAAUGAAAAUGAAACAAACAAAAGUAGGUACUUACAUUCAGGAAGCUCCACUGUGGCCGAGCGUGUGGUGUGACAUGCAAAUAGUCACACUGGAACAUGAUAACCCACGCUGGGCAUUCAAACAAUGCAGCGAAAAGGCACACGUUCCGGAACAUCAACUGGGGCGUAGGGCGUUGAUCACUAUGUAGUCUUUAUUUAUCUUCUGUAUUAAACUUUCAAUGUUGCUCCUUGGCCUACAAACAAUGACUGUAGGAUUUACAUUAUUCUUUGUAACAUGCACACACCACUUAUCAUCCAGCUAUGAUACAAUGGUAUGAGUUAUUAAGGAUGUCACCUUCGUUGGCGAGCUCUAAGGGGACUCGAGAGGCUGAUCCGGGAUUGGCAGGGCCGUCCGCCGAUGUUGCAUGUGUGGAGGGCUACAUCUAGUGUGGGAGGGCUGGCAGCGUCUUAGUACCACUGUACACAAUUGCCACCCACAUCACCCCCACCACAUUGUGAGGAUAUGCCCUGACAGUGACCUGUAGUCUAGUAAGGGUUACCCAAUAUUCCGUGGAAUUUGAGUCAACCCAGGACACCUGCCUCUUAGGCCUGGCAUCAUAUUACAGAUUGAAACAGGAUAUGUGAACCAGUUGGGUUUUUCCUAUAAGCUGGUGAGGAUAUGGUCCUACUGGUCUCAUGCAGGCAGUCCCCGGGUUACGUACGAGUUCCGUUCCUACGGACGUUCUUAAGUCGAAGCACACACCGUACUUAUAUAACAAGGUCUAAAAUCCCACUACUGUAUAUUAUAGCCUAAACCUUUAUAUACAUCUAAAAUCAAUUAAUUUAUGAGAAAAGAAAUAGAAUGACAAAAUACAAUAAAUGAAAGUAAUAAAUAAGGCCUCAGGUGUAAGUAGUGGGCAGCUAUCAAACAGGUACGACUGCCUGGGAAGAUAUUGGAAGCCUAAUGUGCCUUGGUGGGCUAAUCUCCAAAAAAUUUUAUUUAUUUAUUUUUAACUUUACAGGACCUUGUUCGUAAGUAGGCUGUACAUAACCUGUGGACCUCCUGUAUUGGCUUACACUGGAUAUAAAUUACAUGUUACCUCCGGAAUGGGAAUUUGAAUCCACAACCAGUGGACUGCCAGCCAACCCAGUAUGGUAACCAGUCCGCCACCAUACAGUAGUGCACCUCUCUCUCUCUCCUUCAAUAAUCAUACGUUUUCUUUUCAGCAACAUGUAUAAAUAUUUGGUUAUAUGGAAUGUAAUGUAAUGUUUGGAUUUGAAGGAUUUCAUUUGAGUUGUGAUUGGUUGAUAAUUUAAUUUUUGUAAUUGAUUUCACUGAACAGAAGUUGAUGCCUGUACUGUAUUUAAUGUUUCUACUGAAUGCUUCUUGUGUUUUAGUGUAGUGUACUUUAAUCCAGUUAUUAAGAAAGCUAUUUUUGUUACAAGCUUCUGGCAUUCCACUGCGCACUUCCUGCUCUUGUCUUUCAGUUGAAAGCUACUAUAGGAAAGCAAUGUAGCAUUAAUCAGGAUGUAAUUAUUGCUUCCUUAGAUGGACUAUUUCAGAGCUCUCUAUUUUUUGUAAUUUGUAGUCCUUUGACACUUGACAAUCUUUUCACUUUUUUGUGAAGUAACAGAGUUCUCUUACAAAGUGUACAUACAUAAGUCUUACUGCUUUUUAAGCAAGUAUAUUUAGCAAUAAUAUAUUUUGAGCUUGCAAAAAGAUUGCAUCAAAAUAGAGUACAGUACAGUAGCCUCUAACUAUGAUUGUCAACUUGUUAUUUAGAUAUUUAUCCUUUUAAGAAAUUAAAUGUAUAUACAUUACAAUAUUCUAAAGGAGUUUUAUCACUGGUCACGUAAAGACUACAAUAUUGUAAGGCUACCCUCGACUGGCAGGAUAUUGACCUCGGGUAAUAACCACUUUACUACUAGACCCAACAUUGAACCUUCUGCUAGUCUAGGGUGUGAUCCUGAUCCAAGGAUAUUAGUCACAUUAAUAUAUGUAGAUAAUGCUUAUCUAUGACAUGAGUACUGUACAGCACACAGUUAAUGUGACCAGGUUCAAACUUGGAGGUUACAGACUCGCCUUAGAAAAUGCUUAUUAUAUGUCAUGGGGUAACAAAAUUUACAGCAAAUUAAAAUCAUAGUAAAAAAAAUUUACUGUAAGAUCAUCAGAAUGUAUGCAAGCCAGUUUAACUAAACCUUGCAGCUGGUCCACCCAUUACAGUAUAGGCCUGUUGAUAACAUAUCCAUUAUCUUAGGGUUUUUUUUUUUUUUAAUAACAAUGCAGUAGUUGCUUGUUUUGCUACUG